UCAUUUUUCGUCUUUUUCAUUCGCGAAGAAAAAUCGAAACGAAAAUGGCCUGGUCGUCGUCCUUGCAUUGAAUCAGUGUCCUGUCGAGUAAAAUCGCGAAAAUUCACCAUUUCCAGCCCGGAAACAGUUCCGUCGUGCGCGUUGCUCCAUUGCUGAAAGUGUGGAAAAUGUUUUCCGAACGAAGAAAUGUGAAUAGCAGCCGUCAGCGCCAGGGAAAAUAAACCAGGAAGUGGGUCCUUCACAGGAGUAGCAGCACUCCAGCUGCUGCUUCAUUCAAAGGCGACAAAGGAAAAAUCGAUACACGGGCUGUUUUUGAUAGAAGGACGAGGCGAAAAUUUUCCCCUGCAGGGAGGAUUUUGCGACUUUGUAGAUUGCGUUUCUUUUAGCGAUUAUGGAGGUGCUUGUGUUGAAACCUGAUAAUCCGGAAGUGCUGAAGGUGGUUGGCAAUAACAAUAACAACAACCCAGCAGGAAGCGGCGACAAAGUCGAUGAAAAGCUGGUAGACGGACCGAUGGCCGCGGCCAUGACCAGUAGUAUAGCGAGCAUUCUGGAUGAUACGACUCCGAGUGAUUCCGGGGUCCAAUUGCUGGACUCGGAGUCGAGUGGCCUGAACGAGUCAAUGAUCUCGAGUGCCGGAGGGUUCGAUUUCGAGGCAACGAACCUACAGAACAACAACAAUGGCAGGCCGGAUCUGGAAAGUCCCGUGAAGGAAGAGCUGGGCAAGUUUGUCGAGAUCGAUGUUCAGAAGAUGGACGAAGCGAUUGGAGGUGGGGAAGAGGUGGAACAGGCCAUGACCAGCAGUCAGAUACCGGACGAGAUGAUUUCCAGCACUUGCUCGACAUUCGACACGGAAAACAUCGUGUAUAGGAGAAGGGUGAAGAAGACGGCACCGCUGGUGAGCAAAACCCCGAAGAAGAGAGUUUCCUUUCACGAGGACAUUCUGAAGAAUACGAAAACGGAUAACAUUCAUAUUGAGCAUGGAUUCAUAACGUACAAAAUGGGUGCCAGCAAGAACAAGCAGCAGAUGGGAGCGAAGGGAAGGUACUCCUGGUGUUCGGAGUACGAAGAUGACGCAUUGGACUAUGGCGAUGAGGAGGCUAGUGAUAAUCGGCAGUAUGUGUACAGGAACGCUUGUUCGGAUGUUUUAGAUUAUGGAAAAACUGAUGUCUUUGAGAACAUCGAAGACGAAAAGAACUACGUAAAGUACGACAAUUCGGGGAUCUUCGAGUACGGACCACCGGAGAAACGGAGCGCCUCAAAGCACGCAGCGAAAGACGGUAAAGACUUUUACAAAUGCAGCUGCUCGGAUUCGAAUUCCAGUUUGGACUCGGGAAGCAGCAAUGAAGGAGCAUCCAACUAUAACCAACAGGGGAAAUCGAACAGCUGCGAAUGCAUCGGACAGAGCAAUAAUAAUAACAACAUCAUUUCCGACAAUUGCUAUUACAGCGAACCGAACAUUGAACAUCUGGACGAAUUCAACGGAAAUAGUGUUUCUGGAAUUGAGAGAGUUGUGAAAUCGGUUUGGAGCAAGGAGAAGAAACCGAAAAGCAGCUGCCUGAAGAAAACCAAACGCAACAUGAUGUACACGAACGUUGUGGUCCCGGAAUACGACCUCACCAAGAAGGUCAAGAAAUUUAACGUCCAUCACCUCUCCGUGAUCGAUAACAGCAAGAUGAUCUUUGGCUCGCUCAAAGACAUCUUCGGGAUAUCGCUCCCGGAGCGAGGUGUUCCGGAAGGGUCGGAAGAUUUGUCCACGGUCAAGGAAUGCAUUCCGGAAACGACCGACUCGAUGAUCGAUGAUUUCACUGUGGUUCAGAAGCCGAAAAAUUUCCUCUCCAAGAGCUUAGAUGGAGGUUUCGGAGGUAAUAAGCUAAAUGGGCAGCAGAAAAAGUAUGUUCACAACGUGGACGAGCAACUGCGCCGCAAGAACGACGAAGAUUUGUACGCUCCAAGUCGUAAGAAUAGCGUGGAGGAUGAGGAAGAUCCAAAACAGCAAGAGCAGGAAGUUGGUCCAGACAAGCCACAACAAAUUCCGCUGGACGAAGUCGAUCAGCCGGUGACGAAGGCACCAUAUCGGAACAAGUACAUCAUCAACGGUGAAAGUACCGUUUUCGAGCAUACUGGAGUGUCCUACUGCUACGAGGGAACGGAAGGCAAUCCGCUAGUCGACGGAGAAGACGACGGCGGCACUCCGAAAGAGCUUCCUAUAGGAGAAACCACGAGCGCUUCGUUCAUCGGAAAAACUCAGAUCAAGAAGAAACUAUCGAACAUAUUCCAGAAAAUGAACGUGAUUGGUUCGAAUGCCACGACGCCGGUUUCCGUAACGGCAGUGGCACCGGCUCCGUUGCUUGCCCCGACCCCACGUAGCGGAGGCGAUGGAUUGGAAUGGAUUACCAAAGAUCAGGGAAGCGUACAGGUGUUCUCGCGUAAGCAAUCCCGAGAGGAGUUGGAUGGGCGUGCGAACAUUGAGGAAAAGAAAGAAAAGCCGGCGGACAAAAAGGGCCAACAGAACCGUAUGGAGAGCAGCACGGUUUCGUCUUGUGGAAGCGAGAACAGCUCCCAGUCGGAGAGCAAAGGAGCAAUUCCACGCGACCAACCUUACAGCAAUCUCAGCUCCCCACGUGGCUCGAUCAUCAGCAGCAAGAAUCGCCAUCUGUCGUCUCCGCUGCGAAAGAAAUCCCUCACCACAAGGCUGGAAUCCCGUGCCCGCAUGAGCCCCGAUCUGUUCAAUCUCGGUGGAGGUCCUCCAGCGCGACAUCUUAACAUCGACCAUCGCCAGCUCAUGUCCGAAGAAUUCGAUGAUAUCCUUACGGUGACCACCACAACCAACGACACCGACAAGGAUAGUAACGAUAUCGUCAUUCUGGACUACCCCUCGACUAGCAGCACCACAACUCCCCAGCCUUCGGACGUCGACUUGCUGACGCCGGAAAAGGUCCAUUUCAUGCCACCGCUAACCAGACGGCCCAAUCCCAUGACCACUUCGCUGAGCUCCACGUCCACUUCUAAGAGUUCCCUAAUCAAUCGAUUCUUACGGAAUGUGACCCAGAAGAAGAUUCUGGAAGCCACCAUCAAGCAGAACAGCUUCUUCCAGUCGAAGCUGAGCACGGAAAAGAAGCUCUUUGACAACCUGGUCCCGAAGGGAGUUAAAACGUUGAACCGAGAGCUAAUCGAAGAUCUGAACGCGGAGAUCGCAAUGGAAAUUGAGCUCAGUUCAUCUGCUUGUCAGCUGGAUCGGAUUCAACUGAAUGAUUCGCAUGUUGGGGAAGGCGGCUACGGGUUAGCCCUUGGGGAUAUCAAAUUCGACGGCGGGGGCGUUGGAGUGGGGGAAAUUCCGGUGGAGAUUUUCAACGGCAAUCGAUUACACAUCUUUCGCAACGAGAACGAAGCGUUGAUGAAGGUUUUCAAGCUUUACAAUGGCUACAGUCGGGAGGGGUAUAUGACGCCGGUGUUGGUUUUCUUGACCGAUAAAACGCUGUACGUAACGGACCAGGUUAGGAAUAGAUUAUGUAAUAAGUUUGUGCUUCCUUAUUCGGAAUUGGAUGUGAUAUUGGUGGGACCGUACGGCAAUACAGUGCUGUUAAGUAAUUCGGCGCGAGAUAUGCAGCAGGUUUUGCUUGCUGGAGGACCAUAUCCGGCGGAUGGGCUGGUUGCCAGCUUAGAGCUUUGUGCCAGGAGAGGUGGAUCGGUAUUGCCAGCUGUUGGCCAGCUCACUUUGGAUCAUUUAGCACCGCUGCAGGCUUUUGUGCGGGACAACUCGAAUGUAAGCCGGGAGGACAAAUGGAAGUACUACGCAGUGGUGAAUGUUCCUGCUGGAUCACUUGGAAGUGAGGAAGAGCCACUUGGACCGCAUAUAAAGGGUCCACUGAUGCACCGGAGAAUGUCGCAUGCCGGUUUCGUAGAUCAAUGGUCUGCCGGGUACUUCCUGCUGAAAGCCGGAGUACUAUACCUAUUUGCGGAUGCUACUCAAAAGCUACCAACUUGGGCCGUCACCUUGGCCGAGUGCCAAGGAGCUCGACGAUCUCUCAGCUCUGGUAGACCGUACUGUUUCGAACUGCUGCUGAGGACCGGAGCCUUACAGCUGGCAGCUCCUGAUGAGUACGUUGCGUCCGAUUGGCUUCAAGCUCUUGUCCAAGCCGCAAGUGGGCAGCUCUUUGAACUUCAAGAACGUCGCAAGACUCUGGGUUGCACUCUGAUCUUGACCUCGAACCACUUGCUGACCCUUCGGGAAGACUUCAGUGCACCGCUGCGGCGAAACACCGUUUCAAUCAGUGCAAAUUCCAGCAUCAUGGUGUCCCCGGCCAAGGAAAAUGUCAACCCAAAUGCUCAACAACAUCCACAACAGUCUAGUCAGCAGAGAAAGCUAAGCAACUCCAACAUGUUGGAUACUUCUAGUGAGAUAAGUUCCAUCCGUUCAACGGGAAGCACCCCCACUCGGUUCAACAGUUCGAUUAUCUGCGGCAGCGAUCGCCUGUCUAACUCAACCACCAGCACGCCGACCAAAGGUGGCAUGCUACUUCAGAACGGUGGAAUCAUAAAUUCACCUUCCCGUAGUUGCCGCCGACAGUCAUCGGUGGAUGGCAUUACCCUGGGAGGUGCGGGUGGUGAUGACCGCAGCCAUACUAACAUGACUAGUUUCUAUGGCAAAAACUCCGGCGUGGAAGUGCUGACUUGCGCGAGCAUCGACGAGAUGACCGCCGUCAAGAUUCCAGCGGUGUCGUCCAACUGGUGGUGUAUUUUGGAAUUCGAGUGCCAGGAGGUUCGUGAGACAUCGGACGAUUUGGUCGUGUUCUUUUCUACAAGUUCGGAGCAAGAGAGAUUCCUCUCGAUGUUGGAAUCGAUUUGGCUCACGAAGAAGGAUGAACCGUUCCCUGCCUCGAUCGUAAUCAGUCAAGACGAUCUCUACCAGCACUGUUCGAAGCUGUUCCUCGAGAUCAAUCGAUCGUGGGAACCCCUGCUCUCUGCAGCCCUUGGAUAUCCACAGUAAGAUACUCAAAUUGAAUCGGUGUAUUGGAUAUUGAGGACGGACAUGGUAUGUAUAAAUCUUUUGUUUGUUAUAUUUUGUUCAACUGUUCGGUUGAUUUGGCUACACAGAAACAGUUUAUGUGUAGCGUCCCAGUGAUAAUAGGAGUCAUCAUGAAAUAAUUGUGUGAAAGACUAUGCUAAGAAUUGCUUCGUUAGAUUUUUUUAUUAUUUGGGCUGGUACCAAAAAAGUGGAUCAACGGAUAGGAAUUAUUUCGCAGAAGAAGGAUUUUAAUUCGCUUUAGAUGAUUUAUAAAAUUACUAAAUCGUCCACUCAAAUUGGGUGGAAAUUUGGUGCUUUAAUCGUUUUGUACGUGAUCGCUAAUUAUUUAAUUGCUUCUAGGUUUGAUCUAAAUAAAUCCAAAAAUUCUAUAAAAAUGCAUAUAGACAAUAUACUUAUAAGAAAGUUUACAAAAAAGUUAAUGUAUCUAAUCAAAAUUCGUAUAAAUCGCAAGUAUUAUAAACCUUUCCAAGCAAGUCAAAACUGAAGCUAUAUAUAUACACAAAAAGUUUCGCAAACAAAUGGAAAACCAUGCUUACGCUUUAUAUAAAUAUAUUUACUCAAUGUGCUGUAAUAGAAACCGUAAGGAACCACAUAGAGCUUUUUAUUGUGCGUCUAUUUGUAGUCUGUAUAUUUUUGGUGAUUUAUACGAAAUGCCUAUCUCAUUCAAGCAGUUGAAAAAUCUGUGUCAGUUGCAUAUAUUACAUUCAUCUCAUUCGCAAUUAUUCAUCAUUUUUUUUUCUUAAGUUCCAACUUUGAAAUUGCACGUUCAUUUUCGUAUCAAGAUACGGUUUAGUUGAUCUUGCCGUUUGAAAACAAAUAUUUCACAGUCAUUCCAUAACCAUUUGCAAACAUUUUGAUAGAAUUCUCGAAUCAGCCGCAGAGAAGCUUUAUAAAACAAUUUCAGAAGUCCGAUAUUAUCCCAACAAAACAUGAUUCUUAAGGUUUUAUGGAGAAUCUUCAAGCUUUGAACCUUAUUGAUUGAAAGAUUGGUUUCUAAAAACUAAGAAUUCUUACGGCUCCUACUGAAAAGAAUUUUUACUUAUUGUUCUUAACAGGUUGUAUGAGAAUUGAAAUAUACUAAAUCAAAAGAAUUUUUAAUGGAUUCUUCGAUGCAAUAGAAGCCUUUUUGCAAAAAAUAUGUCUUUUUAUAAUGUGAGACUACUAAACCUAUUUCUAUAAACAUUCAAACUUAUUGGUUCGUUUCCAUAUCUGAAUUGUGUUUUAUAAGAUACACCGGGACAAGUUGAAAUGGGCGGGAGAGAUGAAAUUGCAAAGAUUCAAAUAUGAUGCCAAUAAAUGUUGGCAGAUUUUUCUCCACUUAAACGUUGUUCCAUCUAUUAAGUAAUUGUUUAUGUAAUUAAAUUUUCAUAAUUACUCAAUUUCAUCAUGAUCCAUUGCCAUUUCAUCUUACCCCAGCCGUUUCAAUUUACCCGGUGUACCUUAAUCUUAUUGCUUAAUCUUAACAGCUUUCAGUCACAUAUUUAAUCAAUUCGAUGUGUGCUUGUAAUACAGCUUGUACCACAUAUUAAAAUAUCAUCACAAUUGCAAGUAAGACACUACAUCACAUAUAAAUACACUAAAACAAAUAUCAGCUUUUGCAAAUUUUGUAAUCUCAGUACAUACCAAAAAGCUAAACAAAAUCACAAAACAUAUGCGCAAAUAGCACUGCUUUUGCAGUCACUCAACUGAAAUGCUCUUAACCGUACAUUGGGAUAUACAAAUGGAACGAGCUCACAACUGACACCGUGGCACUGAAUUCUCUCUGACAUUCAUUGAUUAAGAAUAAUAGAAGAAUUGCUAGUCAAAAUCCUAUUUAUCUACGUAAUUGCAAUCUGCUACGAAUGCUAUCUUCAAAUUUCGGCAAAUUCAACUCAUCACUUUAGUUACGCAUGAUUUACGAUUACACUUAUACCUUUAAGCAAAUCUCCAUCGGUGUAAGGACCCUGGUCCCGUUGAAGCAGACCUUUUCUAACCUACUCGGUAAGGCUCGUAUUACAGAUACAUUGUUAGACACGUAGAAUAAGCUCGGAAAGGUAACCACCAAAAAGAAAUGUACCCUUAUAAGUUAGUAGGAGAAGAUGAACGAGUCACGCGAAGGACGAAUAAACUAUUGAAUACUAAAUCUAGUAGAAGGUACAAUCCUCUUCGCGUGUGAAAUGACUGAUGACUGAUUUUUUCCUCGAGAUAUGUAGGAAGAGCGCGCUCGUAAAAUGUAAUUUCGAGAGCGGAAAACGAUACUCAGUGAACCGGAUAAGGAUCAAGACAAGAUAGGAACAGAUACACAACUACAGACACACAUACUAACGUUUUUUGAUCAUACAAUAAGCAUAUAACAAGUAUCGGAUGAUAAUGAUCAAUAAUAUCAGUACCCCAAAAACUCAAACAAUAAGAACAGUAUCCAGCCAUAAAAAACCAAACCAAGUUACCCAAGUUUCUCUCAGCAGCAAUGAUGAAGCAUAUAUCAACAAGGUAAACAAAAAUUUCAAUAAAAACGUACGCAAUGUUGAAGAAAAAUUAA